AACGAAGACUGUUUAGUUCCUGUUACUCGAGUUCGACAAUGCAGUUCUCAGUUUGGCAGCCGUAUAUACACAGACACACAGCUCCAAGUUAUCGCGGUUUGUUGCACGCAGACAUCUGUUUAGGUAGUUCAAGGCCAGGUUAAAGUCGUGCACUAUUGUCCCCACCCACGAAGUUAUAUUGUUGAACGGCGGACACAUGUGUAACGUGCCAAAGCCGGUGAUAGGUGAUAGGUAAGUGGUGACUGGUGACUGGUGAGUGGUGCUGAGUCGUGUAGCAACCAAUUUGAAAAGUAGAUGGCUCUGUGAAAUAUUUUACUAUAGGGUCUCUUGUUUACGUGCGUCUUAUUCUCAAUCUUGCCUCGACCCUAAAAGUGGAUGACAACCAGAGUUUAAGUUGAAUUACGAAAACGCAUUCGGCCACAACUUCGUCGACGUCGUGCAAGACUUCAUUACGUAUACCCGCAUCGUUUGUGCUUGAGUUGUUUGCAAAUUUCUUCUGGGUUAUUAUUAACACACCUUAAAAGUUAUACUGUUCUUCCCUGAUGUCUUGCAAUCUUGUUUUUCUGUCCAAGCAUCGUUGUGGAGAUGAUUAUCUGUAGCAGAAGAGGAUUUUUAUUUUGAUUCUGAAUUGAUUUGUCAGUCUUUUUCAUCAUAUAAAAGCAUAACGAUCCAUCCGUGCUCACGCGGGUUCCCGCAACGCACAGACUUCUAGUAAGAUGGAAGAUGAAAUAGACAGAGGCCUGUGCAACAUAUUACAGAGAAUAUGGACCUUGAACGCACAUGGUUUGUCAUUUUUAGAUGAUUAUGCUGCUGAAAAUUCAAUUGAUGAUUUGAAACCAUACACCGUUGAUAAUGUGCCAAUAAGAAAACUCUUUGUUGGCAACAUAGCACAAAGAUCGAAGCACAAAGAUUUGGAAAAGGUAUUUUCCAAAUAUGGUAAAUUAGAUGGUUGCUAUUUGAAGAAGAACAGUGGUAAGAGUAAUUAUGCAUUUGUCACAUUCAGCAGUAUGGAUGAUGCUUUGAAAGCAACAAAAGAUGGGCAGAGAAAAAUGAUCAAUCUGCACAGUCGAGAUUUAAGGGUUAUGCCAGCUGAUUCAUGGCAUCAACCAGACAACGUUGAAAAUAAACUAAAGAAAAUACUCAAAUCUGUAGAAUCAAACCAAGAAAUGUCCACCGAAUUUGAACUCAAUGAAGAUGCACUGAUUCAUAAACUGAACGAUGAUUGUUUGAUGCAUAUCUUUUCCUUUCUUCCUAUAGCUGAUAGAGUGAAAAUUGAAAGAGUAUGUAAAAGAUGGAAAGUAGUGAGUCAAUCGUCAUGGCGUACAUUCAAGAAACUAGACCUCACACAAGCCACAUGGGGCUUCACAUUGUCCAAUCAAGGACCAAGAGAAAUUUACACAUCGAGUCUUCGCAAAGCUUUACUCAGAUGUGGACAAUUUUUAACGCACAUAGACUUAUCGAAUUUCGCUGAGAAGUUGAGCAAAAGCACACUCACAGUGAUUGCCAGAUUUUGUCCGAAUCUGCUAUACAUCGAUAUAACCGGUCUCGGUGUCUCACCGGCAGGAAUAAAAUCUCUAACAGCAAGUUGCAGUAACAUUGUAGAAUUCAAUUUGGGACCUUGUUCGUCACAAUGUGAUCCUGAUUUGUCACUUUUGUUUUCAAAUAACAAAAAACUACGACGUGUGAAAAUCUUCAAGAACUUUAUCAAUGGUAAAAGUCUAAUGAGUUUACCUGAAACUAUUGAAGCCAUCUCGAUAGGCGAGUGCUCCAACGUAUCUCCACGCCAUUUUUGCAAAGCAAUAGAAACGUUCAAGAAUUUACGCUACCUAUCGUUGGAUAAUUGCGUCAAUUUCGACGAUCAAACCGUCGAAGUUAUUGCUCUCUGUGCCGAUACUCUAAAAGAGCUACACUUACGUGAAUACUUCCCAGUAAUGAGCGGAAGAUCUUUAACGCGAAUAUCCGUACUAGUCAAUCUUGAAGUCCUAGACUUAUCUAGGAAUGCAUGUGUCUCGGACGAAUGUUUGAUUGCUGUUGGAAACCACUGUAAAUUGUUGAAAAACGUAGAUAUCAGUUCUUGCCAGUCGGUAUCGAACGCAGGUCUGGCAGGAAUUACUCACCUCCCGAAAUUAGAACAUUUGAACAUCAGCUACCUGGGCAAAGUGACAGAUGAAGUACUUACGGACAUACCCAAUUUACGUACAUUAGUAUGUCGUGGCUGUCCAAGCUUACAAAACACUGGUCUUUGUACCCUCAUUGAAGAAUCUAAAAACGUCGAGCUUUUAGAUAUAUCGGGAUGCGAUCUCGUGUCAAAUGAUUUUAUCGAAGCUGCCAUCAAAGUAACUCUCAAGCGCACAAACAAUAUCUUGCUUAAGAUAUAUGCCGGUAAUACGAAUGUGAAAUUCAGUGAGAUUUCUGCGAUCUCGCCGUUUUUGAGUGUACUCAACGUCGAUCUUUCCGAUGAUUCCCUACGUCCAGAUUUUGAUCAUGCGUUUAUCUUUGCUAAUGAGGCAGGCGCAGAUGAAUUUGAUGACUCGUACAUGGACUUAUAUGACGAUUAUGAUUACGAUUCCAUGGAUGAAUACAUUGAUUAUGCCGAUCUGUUCAACGAUUAUGAACUUGCGUCGCGAUACCACGAUAUCCGUUUUGAUGAUUUGUUCGAUAUGUAUUAAGCUCUGUUCUAUUGGCCCUCUUUUUUACUACAUUUUUUUAAAUUAAUUAAGAUGUUCUUUUUUUUAUAAAAAUUUAGAAUUGUAACUUUUUUAAUGAAAUUUUUCUUGCAUUGUUCUUGCAUGUUAAAGUAUAUACACUAUUUGCAAAGAGAUUUUUUGUUUGGUUAAAUAACAUAUUAUUUAUGUAAACUAGCCUUGUAUAGCGUAUUCUCUUUUUUCGUUAUUAUAAUAUUCUUUGCAUUAAUUAAUCCUUUAUUUUGCAUGCCAACUUUGAGAUUCUAUUGCGCGCAUGAAUAAAUGAUGCAAUUAAAAAAAUCGAUAACUAUUCGUAUUCAUUGGUACAUAAAAAUUUAAUAAUCAUUCCACAAGCACCAUUUGACAAUAGUUAAUGAACUUUUAAUCAUUCCAAGAUAUAUUGGAAAAUAUUUAAAGUUUUAGUAAAUCUACGGUUCAUAAAAUAUCUUAAUCUAAGUCAAUAUUAGAAGCUUUAGGUAGCCUUAGUCUUAAAUGUUAUUAAUAAAUAAAUAAUUUGAAUAUUUUAAAAAAUUCAUAAUACUUUUUAAAAUGCUUCAAAUAUAAUAUAGUUUAAUAUUCUGAUAAGUUUCUGCUAUCCGCACAUCUCGCAGAGGCUUUUUACAUAAUGAGACAUCAGACAACGGAUAUCGGACGUGUACCAAGAUUAUCAAAUUAACAAACAAAUUAUUUGUUUAAUAUUUGGAUGUGUCCAUGAUUGCGCAGGGUGCCAGCAACGAUAAACAGUGUAGAUCUAAUAUAUUAACAUUAUUAGUACAAUAACAUAUCAUUUAACUAUCUUCACCAUGAUAAAUAUCUGAUGGUCGAUGUCUGACGUCCGAUGCCUCCUUAUGUAGAAAGUUCCUCGUGAUCAAAUAUAUAGCUAUAAAGUUAUUUAAUUUUGCUUGCAUUUUAUUUUAUUCUUUUACUUUCUUUCAAAAAAAGUACAAGACAAUAAUAUUCAUCUCAAUUUUCUAUAUAGAAAUAUAAUUAUGGUUUUGUGAUCAUUAAAAUAACCAGUAUAAUUUUAAAACAAAGCCUCGAAUUUCUGUAAAACGAUUUAUGCACUGCAUAUCUUAUACUUGAUUAUUUUCAGAAAUUUUCUUCUUUCUUCAUAUCAAUUUAAUGAAAUGAAUUUACGACUGAAAUAUAAAUAUCCGACUCAACAUCUUUUUAAUACAAAAAAUAUAAUACAGAAUAUAAGGAAUAGUAAAGAGCAGGAUGAUAGGGGCGAUACUUUCACAUAAUUUGGAACAUUUGAAAUCUACGAAAAUUAAUUAGAAAUGAAAUCAACAGGAAUUAUCAACGUUUUACUAAUAUUAUUAUUUAUUUUGUUUUCUUGUAUUUCUUAAAAAUGAAUACGCUAAAAAAUUUUGUUUUCU